AUGUCGGUUUUCAAGCUUCCUGCUUGGGUGAUCAAGGAAAUUGAUAAAAUCCGGAGAGACUUCCUUUGGAGAGGCCCUGGUCUGGGCCCUAAGGGAAUCAGACUAAUUGCCUGGAACAGGAUCACUAGACCUAAAGACAUGGCUGGUUGGGGUAUCCUUAACCUCCAAACCUUCAACAUCGCUUUACUAAGUAAGUGGUGGUGGAAAUUAUCUGGCAAUCCAACUGGCGGUUGGGCCAAAACCAUUCAUGAUAACUACAUUCUCAAAGAUACAAACGGAAUCUUAUUUCACAUUCCCCCUAGGAACAAAUCCUUCUUCUGGGCAGGUGUGACUCCUAUCCUCCACUCCUUCCGUUCUUGUAUCUCGAAAUUGAUCAAAUGUGGCUCCAACACCUCUCUUUGGUUUGACCGCUGGCAUGAUGGAAUCCUACUUAAAGAUCGCUGGUCUGACCUCUUCAAUGAGCUGACCGAUCCUUGGAUUACCAUUCGGCAAUUUUUCCCGACUCCUUACCAACAUUGA